AUAGGUUAACAGCAAAUUACGCAGUUCAUCAUUUUAACACAUAAUACACUUCGUCUAGUCUCUUACUAAUUAUAGUAAUAUCUAUAUAACAGUAAAAAAUCUUUCGAAACCAAAAUGUGGGCUUCGGCAGUAGAAGUCGGACUGUGAAGCCAGGAGUCAGAAGGCAGCCAACCUCUUUCCGUAUGGAAUUUACGUACUAUCUGCGACUUGCAGAGUCCCGAGACUUCCGGCUGUAUAUCACAGUAUAUGUAAGAUUUUUUUCUUUUCCAGCCAUUUUGAGUCCUUUAAUUGGCAGGCCGCAAGCUUAAUUAAUUUUGUUUCUUCAUAAAUUUUGUCACUUCUGUAAAUUCUGAAUUGGAAAUAUAGGACUUUUCUCAAUUCAAAACUACUAUUACACCAAACUGCAUGCCCAUGGCGUGAUAUGGUUUCUCACGCUUCUUGAGAUUAUAUCUGUAUACGUCGCUAAUCUUUUGGAAGCUGAUUACGGAAUAUCCGCUGUAUCAUCAUGCCGUACGCAAACCAGCCUCGUGUAUCGGUGACAGAGCUGGAUGAAGAAGUUGUCAAGUUUAUCAUCGAAAACACGUCCUUAAGCACGGCGAACUCACUGCGUCGCGUCUUCAUCGCUGAAGUGCCCACAUUGGCCAUUGAUUACGUGCAAUUUGACGCUAACACUUCGGUCCUUCACGAUGAAUUUCUGGCACAUCGUUUGGGAAUGGUCCCUUUCUACUGUGAUAACGCUGUGGACAAAAUGGUGGCGACGCGAGACUGCUCUUGCGAUUCCUUCUGCAGUAAUUGUUCCGUCAAGAUAGCUUGCUCGGUUAAAUGCUCGGAUGAAAAUUAUGACGUGACGUCGGCCGAUAUGCGGGUCGAAAACGAUGGUACGGAUGUGGUUCCUGUGUCGCAAAAGAUGAGAAAUGAUAUGGAUGAAGAAGGACGUGAAAAUGAUCAUAUUAAGAUCGUCAAAUUACGCAAAGGGCAGGAAGUGAAUUUCACUGCUUAUGCCAAGAAGGGAAUUGGAAAAGAGCAUGCCAAAUGGAUUCCUACUUGUGGAGUAGCAUUCGAAUACGAUCCGGAUAAUGAAUUGCGCCACACUUGGUAUCCGAAACCAGAAGAAUGGCCGCGAAGCGAAUAUUCCAAACUUGGCGAAUUCGAGCAUCAGGCUCCAUUCAAUCCGAAAGGUAUUGCCGACCGCUUCUAUUUCACUGUGGAGAGCACAGGAGCGUUGGCUCCUGAAAACAUUAUUCUCUCGGGCAUUCGAGUUCUGAAAGAGAAAUUGAUCAAUGUCCAGAGCGCUCUGAUGACUGAAGUCCAAAACGAAGCAUUAACCAUUGGUUAGAUACGAUAUUUGCUUAUCGGAAUGCUUCAUUUUUUCGACGAUUCGGGGAUCUGGCAGAUAUUUUUAGGAUUCUAUAUUUGUACGGUUGAAGGUAGUAUUGGAAUUACUGCGAGUGUUUUCCGCUGUGUUAAUGUGGCGAGCGUUAAUGUUUCAUUGCGGCUGCUGGGUGCCUGCAGCGCAGUUAUAAUGCGCUUAAUGCUUCGUUUAAUGUGAAUAAGUACUGAAUUGACCAUUGCUUUGUUAAGCAGUUUAUUUUGGGAAGGAAAGCAAUUUUCUCUGUGUAUAUUGUUUUAUUUUGGGAAAUGAUCAUUGAAUAAGCUGAUAAUAUUCAUUCCAUCA